AUGCCGAGCGGCCUCCCGCUGCCACGUGACCCAGCACGGAGGUCUCUCCUCUAGCCGCUGGGCGGCUUGAGUCAUGUGACAGGGAGGGAGAAAGAUGGCUGCCGAGGCCCAGGUGGACUUCUCGGCCCUGCAGAGCUUGCUGAAGGCCUCCUCAAAAGAUGUUGUCAGACAGCUGUGCCAAGAGAGCUUUUCCAGUUCAGCUCUUGGCUCAAAGAAACUGUUGGACAUCACGUGUUCCAGUUUGUCAGUGACCCAGGAGGAAGCAGAUCAACUGAUCCGUGCCCUGCACCGCCUCACCAGGCUGGUGGCCUACCGGGACCUGACUGCCGGUGAGGAGAUCCUUGCUCUGUUCCCAGAAAAUUUCCACCAAAACCUCAAAAACCUAUUGACGAAAAUCAUCAUGGAACACGUGCCUGCAUGGAGAAAGGAGGCCCAAGCAAAUCAAAUCUCCUUGCCUCGGCUUGUUGACCUGGACUGGAGAGUGGAUGUCAAGAUGGCUUCCGACAGCAUCACCCGCAUGGCCGUGCCCACCUGCCUGCUGCAGAUGAAGAUCCAGGAGGACGCCAGCCUGUGCGGGGAUAAGCCCGCCAUCUCGGCCGUCACCAUGGAGCUGAGCAAAGAGACGCUGGACACCAUGUUAGACGGCUUGGGCCGGAUUCGGGACCAGCUCUCGGCCGUGGCCAAUAAGUGACCCCCGCUCGCAUUGGCUGGGGCCCACCAGGUGUGGUGCUAACCGAAGAGACGCAGACUGGUCAGGGGCCCUUCACACGCCGGGCCAAAGCUCGUCCUCUCAUCAUUCUUCCUUUUGUUUUUUCCUCGUUUUCCCCUUCACAUUGAUGCCCGAAGGUCUCCCAGAAGCCUCGGGUGCUCAUUGUCAUUUCAGGGGCAGCAGGGAGGGAGGAGGGAAUGAGGGCUCUGCUAGCUGCAUGCAACCACUGCUGGGGAGACUAGGGGCUGAGCUGCCGGGCCGGACUGACUGAGGAGCUCCUGCAGUGCAGGAGGGCGUUGCCUUGGGGGAGCCUCUUGGGCGGGGAGAGGCAGCUCCUGAUCAGAGGCCCCUCCUGCCCCCUCCAGUUCCAGGCCAAAGGCCAGAAGAGUGGGACCCUUGGGUCACCCCCUGCCCUAGCAGGCUGAGCCUGGGAGCAAGGCCUCUCUAGCAGGGCCCACCUGGGGGCAGCCUCAGAACCAAGCUCAGGGCUCUCAGCCAUGCUCAGAAUAGGGAGAACCUGCCGCUGCCGUGGCGACAGUUGGAAAUAAACAUCCAUGCUGAAA